AUGGCAACGCUGCGGCUGGCAGCAACUGAGCUCGCGGACGCCUCCGCGGCCGCCUUCGCCGCCAAGGGCCUCGACGUCAUCCGUCUCCGCCCCGGCGGCGAUACGUGGCGCAUUGAGCGGUCGGCAAUGGACCCGCUCCUCACCGACUCGAUGGAGCAGGACGCGCUCCACAAGAUGGAAGACAACAAGAUCACCUCUAUUUACUACCGCGGCAAUACGCUGCAGAUCCGCACCUGCUUGGUGCAUGGCGUCAGCGUCAACAAUGUCGCCCUCGCGUCGCGAACGGCGCAUGCGCUGCACAACGGCGACCGCAUCGUGAUUCUCGCCUCGCCCCACGGUGGUGACAUCGUCGUGUACCACGUCGAGAUGGCGGACGUCUGCGACGCGGCUCCGCAGAGCGCUCUCUAUGCUGCGACGGCGCUGGAUUUCAGUGACGCAGACUCGGACGUUGAAGUGCGUCACGUGCGAGAGGUGUUGUCGGACACCUCGUCCCGGGCGGCCAAGCGGCAGCGACGCGCACCGCCGUCCUCGUUCACCAAGACCCGCUCCGGAUCGCUGUAUCAGCUGCGCCUCGUCAGCGACGCACUGACACCAGCGUCUGCCGCGGCCAUGAAGCAGCGUCGCCUCGACGUCUUGCGACUCGGGCCCGACCAUCGUGCCUAUUCGUUUGGCCGGUCGCUCGUCGCGCACAUCUUCACCGACCCGAAGGAGCGCCAGGCGCUGCUCGACUUGGAAGACGACCACUGCCAGUUUCUGAGCGACCACCAUGGCAACCUUCGCGUCAUGGACACGAGCCGCUUCGGGACGCGCGUCAACACCGAGCGACUGGAGCCAUACGCGCCCCGGCUGCUCGACGUCGGCGACAAGGUCGUGCUCCUCAAGUCACUGCGCGGCAGCGACCUCCUCGCGUAUGUCGUGGAAGACGUGGCCCCCACGAUGUAUCGCCGCCUCGAGGCGCCGCCGCCACCGACGACACCGAUCCAGCUGACCCCAACGCCGGCCGCGUCACCCGUCUCGGAGCACUCGUUCUUGUCGGUCGCGUCGCAGCCGCCCAAGGGCCGGAAGCGCUGUGGCAUCAACGGCUGCGAAAAGCACGGCGUGGCUCCGCAAGGCCGCUGCAAGACGCACACGGACCCGGAGAAGCGUCUCCGCUGCCAGUACGUUGCCGACGAUGGCGUCGUAUGCACCAACUACGCCAACAGCCGCGGCGAGUGCGAGAAACACGUCGGCUGUCUCCACGGAAGCAGCCGUGAGAACACGCGCACGACGCGGCGCAACGCACCGACCAAGCGCGGCGCGUAG